AUGGCAUUGGACGCCGCGAGGCUGAUUCAGCAGGUCGGGAUGCAGCAGCUCAUGCGCCGCCGGCAGUCGCCGCGCCGAGCCUCAGCUCCGGAACAGCUGCCCGACCCGCAGCCCAGCACUUGGGCGUAUUCCCGCCCGGUGGUCAUUCUCGACGCGUUUUGGAACCUCGCCUUCGUUGUAGUCACAGCCAUCACGCUCUUUAUAAGCCAGGCGCGCAACGAGCGCCCGCCCGCGCCGCUGUCCAUCUGGUUACUCGGUUACGCCGUGCAAUGCGCCGUGCACGUGAUCUGCGUGUUGCUGGAGCACGAGCGGCGGGAGAGUCGGCGCGUAAGGGAGCAGCGGGAGCAGCGCAGGGGGAGGAGACGGGCGCGGGGGAGGGGGAGGGCGGGGAGGCGCGCAAGGGACGGGCGGAGAGACAGGGGGAGGGAGAGAGGGGGAGAGCUUGAGAGGGGAAGCGGGGGGGCGACGGGGGGGAACGGGAGCGUGAAUGGGGAGAGGGGUGGAGGGGGGGAUGCAGAGGGGACAGAAUUUGAUGUACCGCUGAACCAAUCGGGGGAGCUGGGGGGAAUAAGGGGAAGCGGAGAUUGGGGGGGAAAUGCGGAAGGGACGGGAAGCCGGAGGGAAGGGGAGGGAGAAGAGGAAUUCAUCUCCAUUCUACGCAGGAGGGACGCGGGUAGAGCGGUGACUCUAGACGAAGCAGCUUCGGUGCUUAUAACGGGACGGGAUCUGGUAGUGGACAGGGAAGAGCGGGAGGGGGAGGCACUGGAGGGGCUUCUGGGGGCGGAGAGGGCGGGCGGGGAGGAUGGGAGAGGGGAUGCGCAGGCAAGGAGGGUAGGGAGAAUGGUGGGUGAGGAAGGGGCGACGGUGGAGGAUGAAGAGAUGAUGGUGGGAGCUGUGGAUGAAGAAGCACUGCAGCGUGCUCCCCUCCACUCUCCCAUGCUCCACCCACCACCCGACCCUCCCUCUCUCCACCAUGAUUCCCUACCCCCCCACGCACCAUUUCCCUCUUCCUCCCUCCCCACCUUCUCCACCCUCGCACGCCCCAUAGAGUUCGCCAACACCAUGUUCUCCUUCGCCUGCUGGCUCAAGCUUGCUCUCUCCUUCUCUCUCUCUCCUGCUCGCCCUCUUGCCUUCCCUCCCUUUCACCUAUUCCAGCCUGGCGCAAUGCGUAGAGUCAGCCAACACAAUGUUCUCCUUUGCCUGGUGGCUCGAGCUCACUUCCUCUCAUGCUCUCUCCUGCUUGCUCUCAUGCCUCCCUCUCUCCUUCUCACCCUCUCACCCUUUUCCAGCCUCGCACGGCGCGUCCGGUCAGCCAACACCAUGUUCUCCUUCGCCUGCUGGCUCGAGCUCUCGUGCUCGCACAUCUCAUACUGUCAUACCGCCUCCCCCUUUAAUCUUUCCAGCCUCGCACGGCGCGUCGAGUCAGCCAACACCAUGUUCUCCUUCGCCUGGUGGCUCGUCGGCUUCACCUGGAUCCUCUCCACCAUCGACGACUCCUUCAAAGAUGCUCCCAUCCUCUCCUGGGCCACUACCGCCUUCCUGGCGUUUGAUGUGUUCUUUGUGGUCUUCUGCGUGGCCGUCGCAUGUGUGGUGGGCAUGGCUGUGUGCUGCUGCCUGCCCUGCAUCCUCGCCCUCAUCUAUGCAGUUGUAGAUCAGGCAAGUGCGGCAAGCAGCACAGUGACUGGUUGUGGGCUGUUCGGGCUGACCAGCGUGAAAAGUGCUAGCAGCCUCAACAGUGAUGAUUUUUAUGUUCUCUUGCUCAACAGUGAUGAUUUUUAUGUUCUCUUGCUCAACAGUGAUGAUUUUUAUGUUCUCUUGCUCAACAGUGAUGAUUUUUAUGUUCUCUUGCUCAACAGUGAUGAUUUUUAUGUUCUCUUGCUCAACAGUGAUGAUUUUUAUGUUCUCUUGCUCAACAGUGAUGAUUUUUAUGUUCUCUUGCUCAACAGUGAUGAUUUUUAUGUUCUCUUGCUCAACAGUGAUGAUUUUUAUGUUCUCUUGCUCAACAGUGAUGAUUUUUAUGUUCUCUUGCUCAACAGUGAUGAUUUUUAUGUUCUCUUGCUCAACAGUGAUGAUUUUUAUGUUCUCUUGCUCAACAGUGAUGAUUUUUAUGUUCUCUUGCUCAACAGUGAUGAUUUUUAUGUUCUCUUGCUCAACAGUGAUGAUUUUUAUGUUCUCUUGCUCAACAGUGAUGAUUUUUAUGUUCUCUUGCUCAACAGUGAUGAUUUUUAUGUUCUCUUGCUCAACAGUGAUGAUUUUUAUGUUCUCUUGCUCAACAGUGAUGAUUUUUAUGUUCUCUUGCUCAACAGUGAUGAUUUUUAUGUUCUCUUGCUCAACAGUGAUGAUUUUUAUGUUCUCUUGCUCAACAGUGAUGAUUUUUAUGUUCUCUUGCUCAACAGUGAUGAUUUUUAUGUUCUCUUGCUCAACAGUGAUGAUUUUUAUGUUCUCUUGCUCAACAGUGAUGAUUUUUAUGUUCUCUUGCUCAACAGUGAUGAUUUUUAUGUUCUCUUGCUCAACAGUGAUGAUUUUUAUGUUCUCUUGCUCAACAGUGAUGAUUUUUAUGUUCUCUUGCUCAACAGUGAUGAUUUUUAUGUUCUCUUGCUCAACAGUGAUGAUUUUUAUGUUCUCUUGCUCAACAGUGAUGAUUUUUAUGUUCUCUUGCUCAACAGUGAUGAUUUUUAUGUUCUCUUGCUCAACAGUGAUGAUUUUUAUGUUCUCUUGCUCAACAGUGAUGAUUUUUAUGUUCUCUUGCUCAACAGUGAUGAUUUUUAUGUUCUCUUGCUCAACAGUGAUGAUUUUUAUGUUCUCUUGCUCAACAGUGAUGAUUUUUAUGUUCUCUUGCUCAACAGUGAUGAUUUUUAUGUUCUCUUGCUCAACAGUGAUGAUUUUUAUGUUCUCUUGCUCAACAGUGAUGAUUUUUAUGUUCUCUUGCUCAACAGUGAUGAUUUUUAUGUUCUCUUGCUCAACAGUGAUGAUUUUUAUGUUCUCUUGCUCAACAGUGAUGAUUUUUAUGUUCUCUUGCUCAACAGUGAUGAUUUUUAUGUUCUCUUGCUCAACAGUGAUGAUUUUUAUGUUCUCUUGCUCAACAGUGAUGAUUUUUAUGUUCUCUUGCUCAACAGUGAUGAUUUUUAUGUUCUCUUGCUCAACAGUGAUGAUUUUUAUGUUCUCUUGCUCAACAGUGAUGAUUUUUAUGUUCUCUUGCUCAACAGUGAUGAUUUUUAUGUUCUCUUGCUCAACAGUGAUGAUUUUUAUGUUCUCUUGCUCAACAGUGAUGAUUUUUAUGUUCUCUUGCUCAACAGUGAUGAUUUUUAUGUUCUCUUGCUCAACAGUGAUGAUUUUUAUGUUCUCUUGCUCAACAGUGAUGAUUUUUAUGUUCUCUUGCUCAACAGUGAUGAUUUUUAUGUUCUCUUGCUCAACAGUGAUGAUUUUUAUGUUCUCUUGCUCAACAGUGAUGAUUUUUAUGUUCUCUUGCUCAACAGUGAUGAUUUUUAUGUUCUCUUGCUCAACAGUGAUGAUUUUUAUGUUCUCUUGCUCAACAGUGAUGAUUUUUAUGUUCUCUUGCUCAACAGUGAUGAUUUUUAUGUUCUCUUGCUCAACAGUGAUGAUUUUUAUGUUCUCUUGCUCAACAGUGAUGAUUUUUAUGUUCUCUUGCUCAACAGUGAUGAUUUUUAUGUUCUCUUGCUCAACAGUGAUGAUUUUUAUGUUCUCUUGCUCAACAGUGAUGAUUUUUAUGUUCUCUUGCUCAACAGUGAUGAUUUUUAUGUUCUCUUGCUCAACAGUGAUGAUUUUUAUGUUCUCUUGCUCAACAGUGAUGAUUUUUAUGUUCUCUUGCUCAACAGUGAUGAUUUUUAUGUUCUCUUGCUCAACAGUGAUGAUUUUUAUGUUCUCUUGCUCAACAGUGAUGAUUUUUAUGUUCUCUUGCUCAACAGUGAUGAUUUUUAUGUUCUCUUGCUCAACAGUGAUGAUUUUUAUGUUCUCUUGCUCAACAGUGAUGAUUUUUAUGUUCUCUUGCUCAACAGUGAUGAUUUUUAUGUUCUCUUGCUCAACAGUGAUGAUUUUUAUGUUCUCUUGCUCAACAGUGAUGAUUUUUAUGUUCUCUUGCUCAACAGUGAUGAUUUUUAUGUUCUCUUGCUCAACAGUGAUGUGCCAACCUCUUGCGCAUGUUUCCUCUGCCCAUGUUAUCCUUCCAGGAAGGAGCUACACGAGAGCAGAUCGAAGCUCUCCCCAAGUUCAACCGUCCGAACCGCCCCCUGCCCCUGCUGCUCCUCCUCUGCCUUUGCCGGUGCCAUGUGGCGCAACGCGGUUGGCUUAGCUGCUCGGCUCUGGAGGCGGGCAGGCCGGGCAGGUGGAAAUAACAGCAGCGGGAGAAAUAUUCCAAGUGGCGAUGCUCUGGACGUGCGUGUGACGGUCGAGGAAGAGACAGGUGGCGUCAUGUCAUUGGUUGGUUCAGCCCACCCGCCAAGGCAGAGGCAUGUGGAGGCAGAGGAUGCAGAGUGCUGUGUGUGCCUUGUAAGGUAUGAGGAUGGGUGUGUGUUACGGGAGUUACCAUGCUCACACCACUUCCACACGGCGUGCAUUGACAAGUGGCUCAAGUCGCACCCGACAUGCCCACUAUGCAAGCGUGACAUUACUAAGGGAGUGGGGAGCAGGCCAUCACCAGACACACUGCCAAGUUUACUCUCUGCUGGACCAUCGCCGGAAGGGGCUCUUGAAAGCACUCCAGGGCCAAGUGGGACACCAUAA